AUGGAGCUCUCCCCGAAGUGGGCCCAAUCGGUUGUUGUGCGCUCGGACGGCGGCACGAUUGUGGGACCGCAGCAGCAUGGAUCUUUGGUCGCCUACGCAUACGCCGCCGCGGGCUGUCCCAUCAUUAUCCGCCCCCGCGAUCCCCGCGUCUUCACCGCCGCCUCCGCGCCCUCCUCUGAGGGGAGGGAAUCUGCCACGGGGCAUGGGGACGAAGGCGGGUAUAACGACCACCAGGCCGCUGCUGGUCAGGCCUCGCUGCUGACGUCGCUCAUCACCGGAACUGACGUGGCGGGGACGUUUUGGGUCCCUGACACGAAGCGAAACGAGGUGGGCCUGCUGGAGGCCAUGCACCGCCGCACGGCGGCGAAUCGCACGCAUGUGCUGCUUCACAGUCGGCCUCUCCCGGAGCUGCAGUUUAACUUCUCCACCUGCCAGGGCGAUAACAUUGACCUCUCCCACGACGCGUUCCGUCUCUCCAAGACAUCCAUGGCGAUUUUGCAGAUCGAACGCAAGCUGUUGGACGGCAGCGAAAUCGUUGUGCGCUCCGAACCUGACGCUGGCGGGGGUGGGAAAUUUGGCCGCACAGAUAGUGAUGAGAGACGGCAGCCGUAUUAUCCUUCCAACGUGCCGGCCAGUAUUUCUGGUAAGGCCUUCAAGGAUCAGCUGCGGCACGGGCUACGCGCCAUUCAAGAGGAGGAGUACUAUCUCGUACGAUACCGCGACUACAGUGCGUGGGCAGUCCGAUACUACGCCGACAUUGCAAAGAAGGAUCACUUUUGGGGCAAUAAGUACGUGGAGCAAUGCUUCGCAGUUCAUGUUGGGAAGGAACCUGGGGAGCUGAUUCCCAUCACGGAGGCGCAGUUCCUCUUUGGUGUAGAGAUGCUGCAGCGACAGAUGCUCCAACAGAUUGGCAUGGGCGCCACUGUGGACAUCAACUACUCGGCACUGAGCAAAGAUCAGUUCCGUUCGCUAGGGGUCCUCCUAGGGGAUGGAAUGCGGGAGGUAGGCGUAGAAGGGGAGGAACUUCGCCGUCGCCAGGAGGCGGCGCGAGAAGAGGAAGAAAAACGACGAGCUACAAAUUUUAAUUCUGGCGCGUACGAGCCACCGAGUAUAUGGGACUGGAGCCCAGCCGCGAUAAGGAAACGCAUCGACCACCAGCUGCAGCGACACUACCAGGCACUUGGGCGCCUCGUGGUGCGUGGUGUGGUGUUGGGUGUGGGUGCGUACGUGGCAUGGUCGUACAUCAGGCGCGCUCUUCCAAGCGACGACGACGGCGCCAACCGCCGGGGGCAAAGAAGAAACCGCUGGAGCGGCCGGGGUGGCAGCUACGCGGACGACGACGCGAAGUUUGCCCCCAAGGGCUUCCUGCGUAGCGUCGUGCUGGGCCCGAAGGAGGUCUUUGACUACCUGCUUGCACCCACUGGCGGCAAUUGA